AUGGACCAUUCCAUGGUACAAUUACAAAAAUUUUUGCUGCCAGGUAAAGGACUUGGCUUUGAGCUCAAGGACAGCCAUUUCAGCAAUCCUGACCAAUCCAAACAUUUAGAAACAGCGAGGAUGCACCUAUUUGAUAUAUGGAUUGACUUUGUCAACUUAAGAUCCGAAGACUAUACUGAGAAUAGCCGUAUUCCUACAAUGGUACAUGCUUACUUCAUCUAUUAG